GUGUAAAAUCUCAACACCCAGUAUAAGAAAAACGAGCAUUUCUUAAUGGUUAAGUUUUGCAGAUACAGCUUUGUGCGGUUAGUAAAUAUUUGAACAAAGAACAAGUAACUUACGGAAAUAUGUGAAUGCGCAAUACAUAGAAAAGUUAUUUUCAGAUUCUAAACAAAAGGUUCAUUUUGUUUCUUUAACUGAUUACGGGUGCAUUAUUUUGACAUACAUUUGAUUUAAUGGAUUGUGUUUCCUAGUACAGUAACAUAAAAUGAGGAUAACACUCUGUCAAAUGCAUUUUAGGUAUAAUGAACUAUUGGAUUAUUCAAUGUCAGCAUAUGCUACUAACUGUGACGUGUGCCAAUUUAUCCGUGUUGCAUUAAAAAAUCUUGAAGAUGUGAACAAAUUGAAACUUUAAUAGACGAUCAUCGUUAGAGUAGACAAGAAGUGAUAGACAAAUCAUUGUAAUGACGCUAUCAUUACACAUUUCAUUUAUAUUGUACAGUCGAUAAAUGGUUUAAUUCGAGACUGAACUAAGACAUUUUACUACAAGAUGAGUUUGCCCCCUAACAAUUAUGAGAUGGGAGGUUAUUAUGUUGGAUCGUACAACCAUUCCAGCAUGAAUGAUACAAAGAUUCCUGUAAUGGUGCUAUAUAAUAAAACAGACGAUUAUUAUCAAGGCUUUAUGCCACCACCACCACCGAGUCAAUUGUUGUUAGAUAUAAUGGAAUUUAACCGAUGGGCAGUAUUAUUCAUCAUAGUUUUUGGAGUGAUUGGGAAUGUAGUGAGUUUUUAUAUAUUUACAAAGUCAAAACUGAGAAAAGUAUCAACGUCGAGAUAUUUUUCAGCGAUUUCAAUCGUGGAUAUUGGAUACUUAUUAUCAACAUUGUGUACAAAUUUGACAAAUUGGGGAGUAAGUGUUUACCACGUCCACGGUUUGUGUCCUUUGAUUAUGUAUGUUAAUCAUAUUUGUACGUUUUUAUCAAUAUGGUAUGUGGCUUCACUUGUUAUAGAGAAAUUCAUUGGAUUAUUUUGGCCAUCUAAGAAGGCACAUUUUUGUACUGUUUUCCGUGCUAAAUGUGUAAUAAUCGGUUUAGCGAUUCUUGCCGUUGUUUGUUAUCAUUAUGUUACAUGGACUGUUGGAUCAGAUUACCCUUACAUGUAUUGCUAUCCCUGGCCGGAGAAUGAGUUAUUUGAAACAUGGAACAAAUUGAAUAAAGUUGAUGCGGUUGUGGUCUCGGUGAUUCCAUAUGUGCUAAUAUUUUGUCUUUCGUGCCUUAUAGGUGUCAAAACAUGGCAAUUUUAUAAAAGAAAUAGAUCUACAGGUUUUAGAUUGCACAGACGUCAAACAGCAUAUGUUCCACAGGAUAAGGAAUAUAAAACAUCCGGGCUACUACUGUUAGUGGCUUACGUUACAUUUUUUCUCAGUAUUACAAACGGGGUGUUUCGAGUGCUUAUGAUAAUGCAGCCACCAGAAAUGAUUUUAAUUGCACAAUUGUUUCAAACAAUUUCAUAUUCUAUCAAACCGAUAUUGUACAUCUUAGGAUCAAGGCCAUAUAGGAAAGAGAUCUGGAGAGCGAUGAAACAUACGUUCAUAUGUAAAAGGUUAUUUCGAAGUGCUUCUUUAUCUGAGAUGCAAACAGUUAGCCAACAAACUGACAAUGGAAGAGCAAUUGAAAUAGUAAUAGAGAAAACCAUGUAAUGUCGCACCAUUGUGUCUUGAGAUUAACAACUGUCUUUCAUAUCACUUAGAGCCACACACCGGUGAUUUCUUAUACAUAAAUCAAUGGUACAGCAGACUGAAAAAAAUGUGUAUAUUAUUUACGUAAAAUAUUCAUGAGAUCAACGGUUAUUUAGGAAAAGUACUCAGCAAACUUUAAUGUUAAAUUGUAUAAAAAUUGUUUAUCACCUAAUUUCCGUCUGAAAUCCGUCUCGAUUAGUAUAUUAUGUAGAAUUUACAAGUCGUAAAAUUCCUGUAUAUGUCUUUCUUGUCUGUCAUGGAAAAGUUACGAUAUAAACACAAAAUUAGAAAUAAAUUUUCUUGUAAAUAAAACAUUAUCAAGCUAUUCCAUUGGUCGAAUUAUAUUAGAUUAAAAAAUGUUUUGCACAACGGAAAUUGUUUUCCGAAAAAAAAAAUAACACCACUUAAAAAGAUUAAACGCAUUUUAAGGCUUCUUGCGCAAAUGCAAAGUCAAACUGGUGUUCCAGCUAGAAAAUAUGAUUAAAGUGUGGAAUAUACGUCAAGAAACCAAACAACAUAAAACAGAUGACUUCAUGAAUGUUAGAAUGGUUUUGUAUUGAAAGCUACAUUUAUUUAAAAAUAUGUCCUGAAAUGGAAAGUUUUCAUAAAUUAAGAGCGGUUUACCGGUUUUUGGUGGGGUUCACGUCCAUCUGUCUUUAGUUGUCCCCCGCGCAACGCGUUGCGGGGGACAUAGAAAUACCGUCCGUCCGUCCGCCUGUGCGUCCGUCCGUACGGUCUUGUUAGCGCGCUCAGGUGUACAAUUUUUGCCAGAUUUUUAUGAAACUUAUAUCGUAGGUUUACAUCAACAAUGGCUUGGACAAAUUCGAAAAUCAGUGCCGAUCAAUUAUUUAAAAAGAGUUAUGGUAAUUGGAAACAUUAAUUAUAUAGAAAAUUGCAUCGUUAGCGCUCUCAUGUGUACAAUUCUUGCCAGAUUUUUAUGUAACUUAUAUCAUAGGUUGAUAUCAGCAAUGUCUUUUAAGAGUUCGAAAAUCAGUGACGAUCAAUAAUUCCUAAAAGAGUUAUGCCCCUUGGAAAUAUUAAUUAUAUGGAAAAUUGCCUUAUAAGCACUCUAAUGUGUACAAUUCUUGCCAGAUUUUUAUGAAAUUUAUAGCACUGAUCAAAUAUUCUCUCAGAGUUAUGCCUCUUGGAAAUAUUAAUUAUAAAGGAAAUCACAUUGCAUUUGCUCUGAAGCCUUCAUUUCUCUAAGAUAUUAAUAAAAAGUAUUAAAGA